AUGCCGAGCACAGCUCACUCUUCGCGCAACAAGGAGAACGUGCGGGGCGGCACAUUUUCGCUUCAACGCGUCGACUCGGGUUCGGAGGCGUCUGACGCAGAGCAACAAGUCACGAAGGGACGCCGAAAUGCUGCCGCGAACAAGAGGAAGGGCCAGGAUGAGGAUGAGCAGCAGCAGCAUGCGGAGAAGGGCAGGAUUGCAAGCAGAGCGACGGGUAGAGCAAGGGCGGCGGGGACGGAUGCUGAGUCGAGGCCGGAGGAUAGAAUCGCUGAGCUAGAAGAGCGGCUGGAACAGGUGCGUCGUCCUGAUCUUGCUCUGUGCACACGAUGACUGCACGCUUACGCGACUCACACGCUUCGCUUGCUCUGCAGAUGACGGCGGAGAAGGAUGCUGUGCAGUCAGAAUUCGACUCGUUGAGAGAGCUGCGCAAGUCUGAACCUGAAAGGGCAUUGGCCGAGUUGAAGAGGGUAGCAGAGAGCCGUGCAAAGCGUGAGGCGUCGAAGAGAGACUUGUCCGGAUGGUCCUUGCCGAUGCUGAAAUCGUCAUCGUCAUCAUCAUCGUCAUCAUCUGCUCCCGACGCUGCGACGCGUCUUUGUCCACUCCAGACCAGAAAGAGAUGAUCAACACCCUCAAGAUCAGGUUGGACACUGCGGAGAGGAGAGUCAGGGCGCUGGAAGCUGAUGGUCGCUCUGCUGGGAGCGCGCACAUGAGCACCACAGCGGUAGACGAUGCCACUCUGGCUACAGUCUUGAACGAGCGGGAUGAUGCGAGAGCGGAAGGUGAGUGGGGUAGAAGGGCGGCCUUCACUGGCCGCACCUGCCUCGUCGCAGACGAUAAAGGUGACUAAAGCGAGCGACGCGCCUCUACUGCUUUGCCGCCUUUCAGUGGAGCGACUUCAAAAGGAGCUCAGAGAAGAGGUGGCUUCAUCUCAGGCACUCAUGAAGCAGCGUCUCCCCUCCAGCAGCGCAACAGCUCAAGCGCCCGUCAGGCCCACUUCGGAGAGCGCAGCACACGACAGGGCCAUUCGCACGCUUUACGAGGACUUGACUGGUUUGGUCAUCAACAAUGUCGAGACGUUUGACAAGGAAAAGGACUUUAGACGCUUCAAGACAGUCUUUGCCUGUCCUGGCUACCACGGUGAGUCUGACGCCCGCACCAAGAUGCAGCCUUGCGCUUGCUGUCGCGUUGCGCUGACCCAUCUGGAGCUCUUCUGCCUGUCUGCUCAGAUCUGCAAUUGACGCUGGAGGAAGGAGCGUCGAAGCUGCCUAGCUCUGUGAACAGCACUUCCCCAGCAUCGAGCAAGGAACGCAAAGACUUGAUCUACAUCCCUCACAUUGACGAAGAUAGAGACUCGGCGCUAUUGAAGAGCGGCAUGCCUUCGUACUUGCUGGAGAGCAUCAAAUUUGAUAGGAACCUUGGAGUCAAGUUCAUGGUCAAACUCUACAAGGGUCUCAGCUCAAAGUAG